CAACUCGCGUCCACGGCGCCUCUCUCUCUUUCUCACUCUCUCUCUCUCGUCACUCUCUCUCUCUCUCUCUCGUCACUCUCUCUCUCUCUCUCUCUCUCUCUCUGAAAGAACUCUCCCUCUCUCUUGCAAAGUCAUUCCCAACAAGAAACCCUAGAGCUCAGUCUCUCUCUUCCGCAUUCCUUUCUGCCACAGAAACCCUAGCACCGGGUCUGCGUCUCUCUCUCUCACUCCAUCUCCAUCGCAUCAGUGGGCCAUUCGUGACUUUUGAAGAAAGAAGAAGUAGAAAGAGGAAGAAAUAGGUAAUUAUAUUUGAGAACUUUUUGAGCCAUCAAAUGGAGCAAAGAUUAUCUAACAGUUGGAGAAUGACCAUCAAUGAGAGGAAAUUCAUUGAGCAAGCAUUGCUUUCUGACCUGAGGGUUGAUGGACGCCGUCCCUUUGAUUAUCGUCGGUUAACUGUCAAGUUUGGGAGAGAAGACGGUUCAUCAGAGGUGCAGCUUGGACAGACUCAUGUCAUGGGUUUUGUGACUGCUCAGCUCAUUCCACCUUAUCGAGACAGGCCAAAUGAAGGCGCACUUUCUAUUUUCACUGAAUUUUCACCCAUGGCUGAUCCUUCAUUUGAAGCAGGACGUGCUGGAGAAUUUGCAGUGGAACUAGGACGCAUAAUAGACCGUGGGCUAAGGGAAAGCAGGGCAGUGGAUACGGAAUCACUUUGUGUCCUCGCUGGGAAGUUAGUGUGGUCUAUUCGUGUUGACCUUCACAUUUUGGAUAAUGGAGGGAAUCUUGUUGACGCUGCUAAUGUUGCCGCUUUGGCUGCGCUCUUGACGUUCCGGAGACCUGAAUGCACAGUAGCAGGAGAAGAUGGUCAGGAAGUGACAGUGCAUCCACCUGAGAUCAAGGAGCCACUUCCGCUGAUAGUACAUCAUCUUCCUAUAGCAGUAACCUUUGCAUUUUUUGGUAAUGGCAACAUUGUGGUGAUUGAUCCUACUCACAAUGAAGAGGCUAUUAUGGGAGGAAGGAUGACUGUAACAAUGAAUGCAAAUUCUGAUGUUUGUGCUGUCCAGAAGGCUGGAGGAGAGGGCGUCAUGCAAAGUGUUAUCAUGCAGUGUCUGCGUGUUGCUUCUGUAAAAGCUGCUGAUAUAACAAGCAAAAUAAAAAAUGCUGUAGAAACUUACAAUAUAGAAAGAGCACUGAGAAAGGUCAAGCGUCACUCAUCAUUGGUUGCUGUAGAUGUUGAUAGACCAGACGUCAAAAUGAGGGAGCCCCGAGAGCAAUCCAUUACUAAAAAUGUGGUUGGUGAAUUGUCAAGAGAUCAUGUGAAGAGCUUACAGGAUGACCUAGAUGACAGCCAUAGUAGUGAGAGCAAUGUUGUUAAAGCUGAAAUGGGUUCAUCACAACAAGGAGAUACCAAUGGAACUGGCAGAAGUGAUAAAAAUUUCAUCGGUGGGCCUUCAAGUUGGGAUCCAUACUCGAAGGGGAUUGUUUCAGAUUCCUUUAAAGGUCAUCUGCCCUCAACCGCUGACUGGUGGGCUGCCUAUGGAGUGGACCCGAAUAGGAAGGAUCCAGCUCUAAAGAAACUGGCUAUGAGGAUUCUUGGGCUCACGUGUUCUGCCAGUAAUUGCGAGCACAAUUGAAGCACGUUCGAGGCAAUUCAUACCAAGAAAAGGAAUCACCUUGAGCAAAAAAAGCUCAACGACUUGGUUUCGUUCAAUACAAUCAAAAAUUGCGAGAACGAUUCCAAACUAGGAAAGAAAAACCUGAUUUCUUUGACCCUAUUUGCCUAGAUGAGUUGGAUGCAGAUAACAAGUGGCUCGUAGAGACGGAGGACCCGGUAUUUGCUGGAGAGGAUCUGACGUGGGCACAAGUUGAAGAUGCUGUAAACGGAUCGACACCUGGUGAAAGUAGUACCACUCGAAGGCGAAGGAUGAGGGGAGCUGGGGGGCGAGUAGUAGCCGUCAACCCGUUAAAGAGAUUGAAGAGAUGGAAGAAGGAGAUGGUGAUAAUGAUCAAGCUGAAGAUCAUCCACCAUUGGAUGUUGAUGAAGUAUUAGUAUAUACAGAUGAUGAAGAAACGGAAGAAGAAGAAGUGUAUGUGGAAGAAGGAGAUGACUCGAAUGAUGAUGAUGGUGGUGGACCUGGUGGUGAUAUGCCACAAUGGCAACUAGAUCAAUGUAUAUAGUAUAUGAUUACAUGAAUAAUAAAUAAAUAACUUCUUCAUUUUGUUUA